AUGUCUGCCAAAUCUCAACAAAAAGUCCGAGGCGAGCCUAAAUAUCAGUACACCCGCUACAUUGAUGCUUGCAAAAAGCUCGACGAUGUGAACAUCGGAAACAAAAAGUUUGGAAAAGCUGAGGUCGAAUGCGGAUUCCUCGCCUCAGAGUCUAAAUGGGGUACGGUCAAUAGUGAGCACGUCGGCAUCAUCUACCUUGACCUCACCUUUUUGCAACCUUCGGAGUAUCUUCUCGAACAUGCAGAAGUUCAGAUGACGUUCAAAGCCAAGGAUGCAGCGGAUACAAGUCCAACAGUUGUAAAAUACUAUGCACCCAAGGAGUUGCGGGGACCAGAGAGAGAACAGAACAUUGAGCUCCAUGCAGAAUUGAAUCCUUCUUUCAACCUCCCGGGUGGCGCGGCAUUUAGCGUUGGCACUCUGGGGGGUUCCAACACGCAUAUGCGCCAAUAUAAGUGGUUGUUUACGGGUCACAGGCUCUCUGUAGACGAUGGGCCACACAAGCAGAGAAUGCGCUGGAGAUGGGAGUCGAAUCCACUGGAGCCGCAGGCACAGGUCCAUCGCGUUUACCUUGCCGUCGCCAUCCGCCAUGCAUCCGUCCCAUUUUCUAUCGAAGUCGCAAUGAGUGGAAAACUCCGAGGUCAUUUCUGGAGAGGGACUUUUGGAAAGCAAGAGAAACGUGGGCUGGCCACAGUAGUGCCUCGAGCCCUCCAGGAAGAGCUGAAGUUCGGCGCCGCCGAGCUGGAAGUAGAAAUUGGAUGGAAGAACAGGUCUCUGGUUUCCGGACCUUCGAGGCCAGAGAAUGCCAUCGAGGAGGCUCCGGCGCCUCCGAUUGUCGCCCAGAUCCCCGACCAGGAGACACGCCCACAAGACAAGAAGUCCCCAGACAGUCAGCCAAACUCAUCAUCAGUUGCGAAGCAGUCAGAGACACUGAAGGUCUUCAUAGAAAUGAUGUUGCGACCGAUUCAGUUGGUACAGUGGCUGUGGAACAUAAUAGAAGCACUUGCUCGACUCCUUAAAUCAACCCCGAGCAGUAGGACUUCCCCAGGAACAGACAUGUCGGUAACAAAGCAGGCAGUCACUCUCACGAGUUCUCCUCAUCUUGCCGGUAGGGGAACCUCAUGUGGAACGCUCACAAGUGCUCCACAGCAAUCGGACCCGCCGGAUCCAGCGCACUGA